AGUACGCCACAGCACGAUCCGACUCUGCCGCAGGCCAAAACGAUUUAACUAGUCCUCACCGUCGACGGAAACCCGCCAUUAAUUCCGGUGUCCAGAGAUCUCACCUCCAGGCUCCAGUAGUAUAUAAACAAGGGCGCACCCACCGACUGAAUGCCACGCUCCACUCGGCAAGUCGUCUAACACUUCAACACCAUACUUCUCUGGCCACUGCCGCGCGGAAGCUAGAACCUACUGCAGUAGCUAGAAAGAAAGAUGGCACAGCUCCUCCCCCUCCUCGUCCUGGCCGUCUCGCUGGCGUGGCCGGCGUCGUGCAAGCCUCUUCCGGUGCUCGUUCCGGUCACCAAGGACCCCGCCACCCUCCUCUACACCAUCCCCUUCCACUACGGCGCCGACCUCGUCGUCGACACCGCCGGCCCGCUCGUCUGGUCCACGUGCCAGCGCGGCCACCUGCCGGCCGAGUUCCCGUGCAACAGCCCCACCUGCCGGCUCGCCAACGCCUUCCACGCCCCAAGCUGCCGCGCGCGCGGCUGCGGCCGCGACACGCGCAAGGACAGGACGUGCACCGCGUACCCGUACAACCCCGUCACCGGCGCGUGCGCGGCCGGGGACCUGGUGCACACGAGGUUCGUCGCCAACACCACCGACGGCAUCCACCCGGUGAGCCAGGUGAGCGUGCGGGCCCUGGCGGCGUGCGCGCCGAGCAGGCUCCUCAAGUCGCUGCCGCGGGGCGCCUCGGGCGUCGCCGGGCUCGCGGGCUCCGGCCUCGCGCUGCCGGCGCAGGUGGCGUCCGCGCAGAGCGUCCCCAACAAGUUCCUCCUCUGCCUCCCCCGCGGCGGGUCCUCCGGCAGCACCGGCGUGGCCAUCUUCGGCGGCGGCCCGUUCCAGGUCUCCGCGCAGCCGGGGAGGGACUUCACGCAGGAGCUCGUCUACACGCCGCUCGUCGCCGCCAAGAAGGGCAUGCCGCCCGCGCACUACGUCUCGCUCGAGUCCAUCGCCAUGGAGAACACCCGCGUGCCCGGCGCCGGCGCCGCGGUGGUCUGCACGAAGGUGCCUUUCACCCUGCUCCGCCCCGACGUGUACCGCCCGUUCGUGGAGGCGUUCGCCAGGGCCCUGAAGGCGCAGGGCGCGCAGGGCGGCCCCGUGGCGCGGCCGGUGAUGCCCGUGCCGCCCUUCGAGCUGUGCUACGACACGCAGUCGCUGGCCAACACGCGGAUCGGGUACCUGGUGCCCGGCGUGACGCUGACGCUGGGCGGCGGCACGAACUGGACCAUGAACGGGCUGAGCUCGAUGGUGGACCUGAGGCCGGGGACGGCGUGCCUGGCGUUCGCGCGGAUGGAGGGGGUCAAGGCCGGGGACCGCAGCGCGCCGGCGGUGCUCGUGGGGGGGUUCCAGAUGGAGAACACCGUGCUGGAGUUCGACGUGGCCAAGAAGCGGCUCGGGUUCGUCAGGCUGCCCUUCUUCACGCAGUGCGGCCACUUCAAUUUCACCAAGACCGGCUACUAGGCCUUUUCCUGCCUUUUCUUUCGAUAAUAAAUAAAUAAAUAUGUACCUCCUCUACUGAACUAAAGUGCUACUGGAUGCUAAGAAUGUUGUUGAUCAUGGCGGUAGCCAGCGGCAUUUGCAAA